AUGGAGUCUGGCCAUCGGACAUCCCCUGUUUCGGCCGCAGCCAAUGCACGGAGACUCCAGGCCUGCGAGAGAUGCUGGAAGCGCAAGCAAAAGUGUGAUAGACAAUUACCGGCAUGCACGACAUGUGUGGAAGCUGAUGCGCAAUGUGCCCCCCGGCGCGUUCCUAUCGGGCCCACUACAGAAGAGGGCAGUGGCCUCUCGCAUGCUGCCGUACCAAACUAUGUGGAAUCUCUUAAGAGAAAAAGGGAUGAGCUAGAUGCGCAGUUUCGACAGCAAAGGGCACGUCGAGAAAGGGAUGCGUCGGUUCCACCACAACCGUCGCCGAACAUGGAGUCUACUUUGGUAGGUAGCCCAGGAGACUCGAAUCAGACACCGUCAACGGCUCCUACCAGCUUCAGUGAGCGGUCGGUACAGGCUGCAAUGGGGGAGAUUGGAUUCUUGUCCCGCAAUGCGAUGGCAGAGCCACGCGACGAAUCUCGUGGAUUCCCUCAAGAAUUAGCCACAGGAAGUAUGGUGAAAGCCGCCUUGGUAAUUUCAGGCGAGGAUCCAUCACAGUCUCAAGAUUUGUGCCAUCAUCGACGAACAUUCGUGACCAUGAUGGGGCCUGCGACGGGGAUCAGCAAAGAGUUUGCCGCACCUUACAUGAACCGUUUCCUCGACCACAUCGGGGUGAUGUUUCUUCAUAUCGACCGGAGCAAGUUACAGGGUGAAUUCGACAGCUGCUUUGAGGCCCGUAGAGGGCAGUCGAGUGCUACAAAGGGCCUCAAUUCAGGGACCGCGUUCUUGGAGUUCAGAGUCUACAUGGCUGUGGCCAUUGGAAUGCUAUUUUCACCCGAGCCUGGCAGCGAGCUAUUGGCGACUGGUUUGCAUGCAGCAGCGACGGAGAGAUUUACUGUUAUUAUAGAGCAGGGGGACUGUGUGAAGACCCUAUAUUGUUUGUGGUCAUUGGCUUUGUAUUCUAUGUUCAGUUCGCUCGGAGGAUCCACUUGGCACCUGGUGGGAUUGGCAAUGCAAAAAUGCAUCUCGUUUAGAUUGCACCGGGAGUUGUUCUCAGACUCCGACACGAGUCAAGAAGAACUGAACAGCAGGCGCAGCAUCUUCUGGGCCCUCUAUGUACUUGACAGAACCAUAAGCUGUGUGAUGGACCGCCCGUUUAGUAUUGAAGACGAAGACAUAUUGGUUCAGCUUCCAGUCUAUAACUCUACCUCCAAGACAAUAGCUGAGUUUGACUUUGGUUGCCAUAUCAUCAUGCAUGCUCGACUUAUGUCCAGUGUGCGGAGCUCUUCUUCCCGAGGGCCUUUGUACCACUACCGCAACCUAAGCUACUGGCGAGAUUUACCAAAGUCCGUAAAGGACUUUGCUUCUGGCGACAGUGCCCUCUCCGUCUCGAUAAAGCAGCUCACCUGCAGAGCGUUGACCCAGAUUGCAUUAUUGACCCGAGGCACACAAUCCAGUGGUGGCAUAGUGGGAGACACACGAGCAGUUGAACACGAUGUCGUCGAUGGCUGCCAAGCGUAUAUAAAUGAUGCAUACAAUUACUCCGAACAAGGAAAGUUUGUAGCAUCAUUCAUCGACGGGUUCGACCUCUUCGCGGCGGGUGUACUUGUCAUUUGUCUUCCUUCCUUGUCGGCACUGGCAGGGCCUCCACGGGAAACAGCCAUUAUUAGCAAAUGUACAGCCCUAUUGACGACAAUUGGGGAGCGGUUUCAAUCACUCAAGGUGCUCAGGAAACUGCUCCUAGCUCUAUCGAGUGUGGCUGCGCAAGGAGCAUACCACGACCCGGCUUUAGAUGAACUACCAGAGAUAGUCUCGGAUCCGAUGCAAGGUCUAAUUCAGGACUUUCUCCGGAUAUGGCGUGCAUGA